AAUAUGCAUGCCUUUUGUUGCUUAAUUUGAUUCACAUUCCUUCUUUCCGCACGUAUUCUUUUUCCACCAUUCUUUUAUAUUCACAUCUCCUAAUCACAUAUCAUCAUCACCUUGCUUAACCCCUUCACACACAAAUUACUAACAUGGCGUUUCAUCCUCAAACCAUCUUUCCAAUCACUUUCCUUCUUGCAAUACUUUUAUCAGGGCAAAAACCAUGCGAGAGCGCCAGAGUUUUCACCAUCGUCAACUACUGCAAGGAGACACUGUGGCCGGCGGUGAUGCCGGGAGAAAAAUUCAACGGCGGCGGUUUCGUCCUCAAACCGGGCCAAUCCGAGGUAUUCACCGCCCCGGUCAGUUGGAGCGGGCGCAUUUGGGCUCGAACCGGUUGCAGAUUCGACCAGAACGGAAACGGCCAGUGCCAAACCGGUUCAUGCGGCACCACGCUGAAAUGUUCGGCCUCGGGAAAAACUCCCGCUUCACUCGCGGAAUUCACACUCGCGCAACCCGACUUCUACGACGUUAGCCUCGUGGACGGCUUCAACGUCCCCAUCUCCAUUAGGCCCAUUAACGGAAAGGGAAACUGCUCUUCCGCGGGGUGCGACUCCGACCUCAGAGCUACUUGCCCUAACGAACUGUCCGUUAAGGCUAACGGGAAGACGGUUGGGUGCCGUAGCGCGUGUGACGUGUUUAACACGGACGAGUAUUGCUGCAGAGGGAAUUUUGGGAACCCCUCGACUUGCAAACCCACAUUUUAUUCGAAGAAGUUUAAGGAAGCUUGUCCCACUUCUUACAGUUAUGCCUACGAUGAUCCAACCAGCAUCUUCACUUGUUCAGGAACUGAUUAUGUCAUAGCCUUCUGCUCCUCCAGGAAACGACAGGUAUGCACGUACCAUAGCAACAAGCUUCACUGCAGUGGAUCACAAGGGUUGAAAUCGUUGAUCGGAAGGUGGUGCAUCGUAAUGAUAACUCUGUUUUCGGUUCUUAGUUUAUGGAAUGGAUUCUAGUCCUAACCAUUAUCAAAGUUGAUUAAUCCCACUAAGAGCUCCAUUAAGUUUAAUGCAUUUGAUGAGUCUGUGUAAAUGAAACCAGUUUUUUAAUUAUUUUUUUUUCUCUUUGAGGAUGUUAAUUACGUAUACCCCGUGUACGUGUUUAUUCUAUUGUAUACGGGAAGGUGUUAUUUUAAUAA